GGUGUCCCAAGGUAGUCCGGAGGCGUGGCCGCACCCCAGCCCGCCCCUCCGCUCCUCCCGGCCGGGAGCUGCGGGGCCGCGGCGCGGGUCCCGGCAGCCGGAGGUCAGCGUCUCGGGGAUCUGGGGCCGGCUGGCGAGGCGCCCGGCCAAGGGCACCCCCGGCGCCGAUGAGGCCGCGCCUCCUCCCGGAACUGACCCGCGCGGCAGGGCGGGAGGAGCGGCAGGAGCGGGGCUGUCGCCCGCCGCGGGCCAUGGAGGGCCUUCUCGCAGGCGGGCUGAGGCGCCCGGAGCCCGGGGCAGGGCCGGAGGACGCGGCGGAGGAAGCGGUGCCGGGAGUGCCCCGAGCCCCGUGCCUGCGAGGGGCGCCCCCGGCGGAGCGGCCUCGGGGCUCCCGGGACUCCUGGGAGGCGGAGGGGGAGCCGGAGUCCGGCGAGCCGCGCGACGGCCGGACGAGCCGCACGGCGUCCCUGGUGAGCGGGCUGCUCACCGAGCUGUACAGCUGCGCGGAGGAGGAGGAGGCGGCGGGCGGGGGCCGCGGGCCCGGGGGUCGCCAACGGCGCCGCGACAGCCUCGACAGCUCCACGGAGGCUUCCGGCUCCGACGUGUUCCUGGGCGGCCGCGGCAGCGCCGGCGACUCGCGCGUGCUGCAGGAGCUGCAGGAGCUGCAGGAGCGGCCGAGCCAGCGGCACCAGAUGCAGUACCUGCGGCGGAAAGACACGAAUGAACUGAAGGCAAUCCUUCGAGAGCUGAAGUACAGAAUUGGCAUUCAGUCGGCAAAGUUACUUCGGCAGCUGAAGCAAAAAGACAGGCUUCUGCACAAAGUACAGAGAAACUGCGAUAUUGUGACUGCAUGCUUGCAGGCUGUGUCCCAGAAGCGAAGAGUUGACACAAAGUUGAAGUUCACUCUUGAGCCAUCUUUAGGUCAAAAUGGUUUUCAGCAGUGGUAUGAUGCUCUCAAGGCAGUUGCCAGACUAUCAACAGGAAUACCAAAGGAAUGGAGGAGAAAGGUUUGGUUGACCUUGGCAGAUCAUUAUUUGCACAGUAUAGCUAUUGAUUGGGACAAAACCAUGCGCUUCACUUUCAAUGAAAGGAGUAAUCCUGAUGAUGACUCGAUGGGAAUUCAGAUAGUCAAGGACCUUCACCGCACGGGCUGCAGUUCUUACUGUGGCCAGGAGGCUGAGCAGGACAGGGUUGUGUUAAAACGGGUCCUGUUGGCCUAUGCCCGAUGGAACAAGAAUGUUGGGUACUGCCAAGGCUUUAACAUCCUGGCCGCUCUAAUUCUGGAAGUAGUGGAAGGCAAUGAAGGGGAUGCACUGAAAAUUAUGAUUUACCUUAUUGAUAAGGUACUCCCUGAAAGCUAUUUUGUCAAUAAUCUCCGGGCUUUGUCUGUGGAUAUGGCUGUCUUCAGAGAUCUCUUGAGACUGAAGCUCCCCGAAUUAUCUCAGCACCUGGAUACUCUUCAGAGAACUGCAAACAAGGAAAGUGGAGGUGGAUACGAGCCCCCACUUACGAAUGUCUUCACGAUGCAGUGGUUUCUGACUCUCUUUGCUACAUGCCUCCCUAACCAUACAGUCUUAAAGAUCUGGGAUUCAGUCUUCUUUGAAGGUUCAGAAAUCAUCUUGAGAGUGUCGCUGGCCAUCUGGGCAAAAUUAGGAGAGCAGAUAGAAUGCUGUGAGACAGCAGAUGAAUUCUAUAGCACCAUGGGGCGCCUUACCCAGGAGAUGCUAGAGAAUGACCUUCUGGAAAGCCACGAACUCAUGCAGACUGUUUAUUCUAUGGCUCCAUUCCCUUUCCCACAAUUGGCAGAGUUGAGGGAAAAAUAUACCUACAACAUUACACCAUUCCCAGCCACAGUUAAACCCACCUCAGUUUCUGGACGACAUGGUAAGGUCAGAGACAGUGAUGAGGAGAACGACCCAGAUGAUGAAGACGCUAUCGCCAAUGCAGUGGGGUGUCUUGGGCCUUUCAGUGGGCUCCUGGCACCUGAACUGCAGAAGUACCAAAAGCAAAUUAAAGAACUGAAUGAAGAGCAGAGCCUGCGGUCUAAUAACAUCGCCGAGCUGAGUCCAGGAGCAAUCAAUUCCUGUCGAAGUGAAUACCAUGCAGCUUUCAACAGUAUGAUGAUGGAACGCAUGACCACAGAUAUCAACGCGCUGAAGCGGCAGUAUUCUCGGAUUAAGAAGAAGCAGCAGCAACAGGUGCAUCAGGUGUAUAUCAGGGCAGACAAAGGGCCAGUGACCAGCAUUCUCCCAUCUCAGGUAAACAACUCUCCAGUUAUCAACCACCUUCUUUUAGGAAAGAAGAUGAAAAUGUCAAACAGACCUGCCAAGAAUGCUGUCAUCCACGUCCCUGGUCACACAGGAGGCAAGAUGUCUCCUGUCCCCUAUGAAGACCUGAAGACGAAGCUCAAUUCCCCGUGGCGAACGCACAUCCGCGUCCACAAAAAGAACAUGACGAGGACCAAGAAUCAGCUGGGCUGUGGGGACACCGUGGGGCUGAUAGAGGAGCAGAACGAGGGCUGCAGGGCUAACAGCCUGGGGGCAGCGGAGGCUUCUUCCAGGUGUGCAGCAACAGCUGGGAGCGAGGGUCACUGCUCCGAAGGCAGCACUGGGAGGACGAUCGAAGGGCAGUCUCCAGAGCCCGUGUUCCGGGAUGCCGAUGCCGACGUGUCUGCGGUCCAGGUGAAGUUAGAAGCCUUGGAACUGAAUCCGAGGGAUGCUGCUGCCGACCCUGAGCCCAAGGCACACCCGCCCUGCCCGCAGCACUUCCCAGAGCUGCCUGAUGCCCCCGGUGAAACCAGAGCCCCCAGCAAACCUCCCCAGGGCAGCCACCCGAAAGCGCCCAUCUUUAGCCCUUUCCCCAGCGUCAAACCACUGCGGAAGUCCGCCGCCGCCAGGAAUUUGGGGCUGUAUGGUCCUACGGAAAGAACCCCAACUGUGCACUUUCCUCACAUGAGCAGGAGCUUCAGCAAACCGGGUGGUGGAAACAGCAGCACUAAGAAACGAUGACGGCCCUCAGAAACUGAAUCUAGAUUCACCUUCUCAUGGCAGUCUGAGGGUUCCAGCUGAAUGGCUCCAAGAGUUCUGACCGUCCAGUGAAAGCGAAUGGGUAGGUUCAGAGUUGAACACCAGUCCGUGACAAUGGGAACUGGAAGUUUUAUACUGGGAGCUAGAAUGGGUAUGUUUUCGCCCACCCCCCGAUGACGGAUCCAGCGAAUUCUUGUGGCAGAAUAAAUAUUGCAGUUUUAAAGUGUGAAGUUUUCCCAGGUUUUCAUUGUGAAUUGUUCAGACAAGACUGUGCAUCUAGACUGUUAACCCCCUCUUCCUUCCUGUUCUCAGGACCUUCAGGGUCCCUGUGACUGCACUCCCCCCAGACCUUCUCUGGUUCUCUGGGUGUGACUGAUCCUCAAGCAUGCACACACCUAGCUUGCUAGAACAGAAACUGUAAAAAGGAAGUAAGUUUCUCAGUUGCAAAAAACUUCCCAAUUUCCCUCUUCCUGCCCCACUGAGGGAAUGUUUGUGUAUGUGAGUUUUUCUUCAGUAGUUUCUUUCAGCCAGGCUCAAGAUUGUUUUUUUAUUCUUAUGCUAAAGUGCAGGAGAAAAAUGUAGAUAGCCUUUCUUUCUCUUUGUACGUGCAAAAUGAAGAAAAGCUCUAUCUGUUGAAAUUUAGGUUGGUCCACCAACUUGAAGAUCUUAUGCAGAGAACACACAUGGGAUAUGCAUUAAACAAUCGCCCUGAACAGCUUGCUGAUUCCACGAAGCUUUUCCCAGGGUUCAUUUUCUCCUCUGACGAAGAGUUACAGUCCUCAGUGGUGGGAGGACUCGAUGGGCUCCAUAUGGAGCUUGUCCUGCAUCUUCUGCCACGUAGCUCAUUUACCUACCAGCUCUUCUUGGCAGAUGCCGUGAGGCCUCUGCUGUUCAAAAGCCAGAACAUAGCACCUGCAAUUCUGUUACUUGAAUUUUGUGCUUUUUUGAUUGGAGUACUUUGUUGAGUACUUUGUUACUUGAACACUGCCUUUCUUUGGAGAAGGCGCUAGUGCUUUCUAGCUCUCUCUUACCCACCUCUCCCCCGGUCGCAGCGGGUCAGAGAGCACCUGUUAUUUCCACUAUGCAGAUGGGAACUCUGAGCCACAACAGAGGUGAAGUGCACUCAGACACUCAAGGUAAAUACUCCUGGUAUUCAGUGUGACUCAGUCACGUCUCCUCCAGCACCGUAGGCGGAUUUGAUGCUCUUUGUACACAGAUGCAUUGGCUACAUGAGUUCUAAACACCAGGACCGGGAAGCCAUUCACUAUGCUCCCUCCUGAUUCAGAGGACCUUUCUCCAGACGUUACAGAGUCCUGUGAUGGCAUUUUACAAAACCAGCUCUAACCUUUUUACCCAAAAAGGUAGCUCAUUUUAAAAAUGCUUCAUGCAGCUGUCAUUUGUCUGAACAAAGGCUCACUCCUCAGCCCCCAUCUCUUACUGUCAUUAGAAGAAUAGACUCAGCAUCUUUAUCCUCAUCUCUGAAAGACCUUGGCCGUGCUUGCUGGCAUAUUGUUGAUGCAUUCGAUGUUAAUUUGAGCUAAUUGGGUUGCCAGUUCUGAAACCAAAGCUAUAAUUUUAGAGAGGGCUUUUACUAUGAGAGGUAUUAAUUUUUAUAAUAGAGAAUGUGGUUGUGUGGGCUCUUUUGAACAGAAAACACAAUGACAUACAGUGAGAAAAGCCAUUUUAUCCCUUCUGUGGUAUUUUUACCCCCGAAGGAGCUGAAGGUGGAAAAUAUGACUAAUAAGUCAUUGCGGUUUUGGUCUUGAAUUCUGUGCCAUCUGAAGUUAGCACGCAGCUUCUUAAAAAGCAGCAAUGCCCACCACCUCUGUCUUGGGAAGAGUGUAGGUGGAAUGUUGGGCUUACUUUGCAUUCCACCCCCAGGGGAUAGGACCCACUGCAUUUUCCAAAGUUAAGCAAAUGACAUGAUUUUCUUCCAUCUGCUAAAACUUUACAGAUAAGAAUGAUUCCACCUUAGAUUCUUUUCUCCUCCCCCGACCCACAUGAGUCAGAAUAGACUCAUUCCUUUGAGGGAUGUCUGACUCGAAUAGAGAAUUGUUCUUUCUUCUCUAGAGGCUGCUCCCAGCUCCCUGAGGAUCUGGGUUCAGGGAGGUGGGGCAUGGGGUGGAGGCCACUUGCCACCAUCCUUAGGAUGGCGCUGUUGCUAUCUACCAAGCAUCUUGGCCUCAGCAGCGCCUGCCCAGCCCAUUUCCCCCGUGUUGGUCUUUCUGAGAAACGGAUGGAUGAGAUGGCACAUGCUUUGGAAUAAGUACCGAUCCCAGAUGAAAGAACGAAGAAAUGAAAGUGUAAUAAUCCUUUGAGGUAAAAAUGACCUUGUCAGGAUUUUAAAAACCGACGGAUUUCUGUCGAAGCGCUCUCUGUACCAAUAACGUGCAUGCAUUGUACCAUGUACUCACGAUGUGAAUCGGUCAAUUUUGGAGACUUGCCUACCUUAGAAAAUGAAGACAAGUGCAGUGGCCUCUACCACACCGCAUGGGCAAAGACCAGUAUGGACUUGUUAUCGUCUGUGUGUAUUGGACACUGUAUGCAAGCACCAGAAGUACUUACCUAGUAGCGGUUUCUUUGUUUCUAGCUAGGUCUGUCCCCUGUCAGCACUUGUGCGGGCAGUCGACUCCUUCCGAUGCUUCUGUACCCCCGUCCUCUUACAGAAGCCUCCAGAUGAUUUAAACCUACUUUGUAAUGUUGACCUCUGUAAUGUUUGAAACAUUGUAUUCCUUUUUUGGGUCUCUGUUGUUGUUCUAAAGAAUUGUAGGGAUUACAGAGAUACGUGCAUAAAGAUUCUCAUUGUUGUAA